CAGUGAGCAGACAGAGUCAGGAAAUAGAGACGAUCAGUUCAGGAAGGACGCGGGGAGGACGCUCCGACCGAAAAGCGGAUAAAUCUGAGAGUUUUACCGAGCAGAGGCUCUGAUUCGGAGUCAGGAUGAACCUGUUCGCGGUGUUCGUCCUUCUGGGGACGGCGCUGACCGUAAACUGCGAAAAACAUUCCCUCCAUUACAUCUACACGGCGCUCUCCAAACCUGUCGGCCUCCCGGGCAUCCACGAGUUCACAGCCAUGGGUAUGCUGGAUAACCGGAUGAUCGACUACUUUGACAGCGAGCAUCAGGCAAAGGUUCCCAAACAGGAGUGGAUGAGAGAGCGUUUACCUGCUGAUUACUGGGAUAAAGGCACACAGUCCCGCAAGAGCAAGCAGCAGUGGUUCAAGGUCAACAUCGGCAUCCUGAUGGAGCGAAUGAGACAGAAUGAGUCAGCCACCCCUCAUGUUCUUCAGUGGAUGCACGGCUGUGAGGGUGAAACUAAUCCUGACGGCACGCUCAGGUUUGUCCGAGGCAUGGACAUGUACAACUACGACGGACACGACUUCCUGUCCUUCGAUGAUAAAAACGGAGUCUGGGUCGCUCCGACUCCGGAGGCAGAACCCACCAAGAGGAAGUGGGACGGCGUCCAGGUGCUGAAAGAGUACACCAAGGGAUACCUGGAGAACGAGUGCAUCGAUUGGCUGAGCAAGUUUGUGAAUUAUGGACAGAAGCAGCUACAAACAGCCUCUCCACCUGACGUGUACUUGUUUGCAAAGAAGGCCAAAGUGGAGUCAAACCUCAUCCUGACCUGCCUCGCCACAGGCUUCUACCCCAAAGACAUCAUCAUGAGGAUCAGAAGGAACAGACGUGUUCUGACUGAAGACGACGGCCUGACGAGCUCAGGACUUCUUCCAAAUAACGAUGAGACCUUCCAGAGACGAGACCAUGUGGAGAUUUUGAAGUCUGACCUGUCAGAGUUCAGCUGUGAAGUCGUUCAUAAGGCGACCGGUGUGAAUGAGAUGAAGACUUGGGAAAUUGGUGACCUUCCACCAGAACCUGGAUGUGGACCUCCGAUCGCUGUUGCAGUGGGAGGAGUCUUGGCUGUGGUUGCUCUUGUUGCUGUAGUUGCCUGUGUGAUCUUGUAUAAAAAAGGCUGUCUUAGACGCAGACGUGGAGCCAACAGCAACCAAGGUGGAAUACAGACUAUUUAUUCUCCUGUGUCAGUUGGCAAUGGCGUUGCAAGCACACCUCUGACAAAUGGUGGUCCUGUGCCUGCAGCUUCCAGCAGUGGAAGUGUAGCAGUGGAAGUAGAAAAGAAAGAAGAGAAGGCUGAUGCUAAAGAUGGGAAUGCUGAGGAAACCGAACCCCUCACAGGCAGUGACAAGUCCCUUGACAAAGUGUCGUCUAACUCCAGCAACGCUGACUCUGGUGUCUCUUCUGAUUCUGACAAACAAGGUCAGGCCCAGGAGUCAUCCUGAAUCUUCGGCUACAUGAAGUUUCAAGACUCGCAUGAAAUAGAUUAUUAGCAUACAGACUACAAUAAUUAAUAAUAAUAAUAAUAAUAAUAAUAAUAAUAAUAAUAAUAAUAAUAAUAAAUAUAUAAAUUUAUUUUGGACUUUACAGAUUAAAAAUCUGAGGUAUAAUGUGGUUCUUUAGCUUUCCAUGAAAUGAGUUUUAAAAGUGUUCAUGCUUCCUCAGUCUGAACAUUCAUGACAGCAAAAUUUAUAUGAGCCAGUUUUGAUAAGUUUAAAACUUUUAGAGUAAAUGAUAAAUCUGAAAACAUGUUUGUAUAGAUGAAUAUUUGAAACAUUGUCACUGGUUUAUGCACCUGUGAGAAUAAAAUCAGAGACACAAACUUCAGCCUGUUGUAGUUUCAUACAGAUUGGACACAAAGCAGACACUAAAGUCUGCAGCUGAUAAAGUGGGUGGAGCUCAGCAGUCACACCUGCUGCCUCUGCAGGAAACAUCUCCAGGCAGGUGGAAGAAAAUGUUUUAGAGCAGGGGUGGGCAUCUCCAGGCCUUGAGGGCCGGUGUCCUGCAGGUUUUACAUGUGUCCUUGAAUCAAUACAGCUGAUUUAAAUGGCUAAAUGACCUCCUCAACAUGUCCUGAAGUUCUCCAGAGGCUUGGUAAUGAACUAAUCAUGUGAUUCAGGUGUGCUGACCCAAGGUGAGAUCUAAAGCCUGCAGGACACCGGCCCUCAAGCCCUGGAAUUGCCCACCCCUGUUUUAGAGUGUGAUGUCUGUUAAUGCAUAUAAUGUUUUUAUGUAGAAGAAAUACAAUUAAAAUCUCACAAUAUUUAGAAGUGAAUACAAAUACGUGCUUUAAAAUAAAAGGGUUGGAUACUAAACAAAGCAUAAGAUGUAAUGUGAGGGUUGGUGCUUUAACCCUUUCACUAUAAGUUGGCUUAAUGAAUUAGACCUUUACAAACAGUGAGACCUCAGGUGCUCGUGAGAAUUAAACGAUUUUAGACACUCUGGUGUGAUCAUUGUCACGGGGUCAUGGAAAAAUCUACUGAUUAAUCUCCUUUUUUUUUCUUAUGCUUUUAUGAGUUUUUGGCCAAAUUGAGUAAACUGCUGGUUGAUUACAAGAACUAAAGUCUCUCUGUGUAAAUACAUUUAUUGUAUUAUCGUGCCUUAAAUAUUCAUUUGCAGUGAAACUUUGUUUUAAAAUUGAGAAACUUUUUCUGUGGGAAAUUUAGGGCGGAAAUCUGGAAAAUGUUAUGUUUCAGUAUUUUCUUGCAUUUACAUAUAAGCUCUUAAUUUGAAAUGUUCUGUUUCCAAGGUAAUUUGUACUUUUAUUCAGCACGAGCUAGGAUUACUUUAUUGAUUGGAAAAGAUGCUUUAAUUAUAUUCUAGAUUUUAAGUUUGAGCUUAAGUUUUGUCUUUAUUCAGUUAUUCUUUUGCCCCCAAAAACUUUAAAUGUACUUAAACAAAUUUACAGUAAAAGGUUCAGUCCACAUAAUGAAACUGUCUGUGGAUGAAUCAGUGAAAUAUUUGCUGUAGGACUCAAAUUCAUCUUGUAAUCCUAAAAUGUCUUCCAUUGUGUGGGCGUUUACUAAAAAUAAUAAUGGAUUGUAAAGCAUCGUAUAUUUGAAGAUUGUGUUGAAAAAUUCUUUCAGGACAAAAGGUGAUGUUGGAGUUUGUGUUCUUUCUUUAAAAAAAAAAAAAGUUAUUCUGUUUACUCUUUUUUCCUCCCCAUUUAAAAAAACAAGUUUCACUUCUUUGUU